UACCAGAUAAAGAGGACGGCUGUGUUUUUGGCACACACACUCGAUUGGGGGUAAUACCUAUGAUUUCAUCAAUUAAACGGUAUCAUGAUGAACAACAACGUGUACAGAAGAAAACCUUCACUAAUUGGGUUAACUCACAUCUACGAAAGUUAUCCCCACCAAUUCGUAUUAAUGAUCUAUUCAAAGAUAUUGGAGAUGGAGUUACACUUAUCCGUCUUCUCGAAGUAUUAUCGGGCGAGAAAUUGCAAAUUGAAACUCCUCGUGUCCUACAAAGAGCUCAUAAACUUAGUAAUGUUCGUAAUGCUCUGGAUUAUUUAGAAAAGAAAUGUAAAAUAAAACUUGUAAAUAUUAAUCCCUCAGAUGUAGUCGACGGGAAACCGGCUAUCGUUUUAGGCCUUAUCUGGUCAAUCAUAUUAUUUUUUCAAAUUCAUGGUCAACAGAAAGUUUUAAGACAGGCUUUAAAAUCUCGUCGUAAAAGUCUGUCGAAGUCUAUUGAUGCUGAGUCAACUAAUGGCGGUGGUGGUGGUGGUCAUUCUGGAGAUACUAGCCUAUCUGAGCAGACGGAUAGUGUUAAAAGUGAAACAGGGUCUAAAACUCGACAAACAUUAUUAAGUUGGUUGGAACAAUCCUUUCGAUCGCAUAAAUCAACACUGGAAAUUCGAGUGACAGACUUUGCUUCAAGUUGGCGUGAUGGUAAAGCCUUCUGUGCAUUGGUGCAUAACAUUAAUCCAAGUCUUAUUGACAUGGAACAGGUUAAUAAAUGUCGUAAAAAUCGUGAAAAUUUAGAAUAUGCAUUCAGUGUAGCCGAGCAAAGAUUGGGUAUACCAAGAUUAUUGGAUGCAGAAGAUGUUGAUGUAGAUAAACCUGAUGAACGUUCAAUUAUCACGUAUGUAGCGCAAUUUAUUUCAGCCGCCAAUUCAAAUCCGCCUAAAAUCAAAUCAAGAUCUAAUUCACGGAGAUCAAGUAGUAACAGUAUGGACAAAUCACCACUGAAACAUGAAACAAAGGCGAUAGAUUCAUUAAAAAAGCCUACUGAAAUGAAACCGGACAAUGAACAUCAUACCCCGUUAAGAUUAGCCACUUAUGAACCAGAUCCAGAAAUCGAUCCCGCUCUAAUAUUAAAUGCUUCUACUACAGCUAAUUUUUUAGAACGUCGACGUGCAAGACGUGCAAGUUUAGGCGGUCCACAGACAAUGGAUGAUGAAGCAUUACGCAAUUUAAUUGUAGCUACAAGUCCUGUAAGUUCUGAGACGGGUGGUGCAUCAACACCUUCAGAUGAUGUUAUGACUGCUGGGGCUGCAUUGUCUUCAUCAACUCCUGGUGUAUAUGCUGGAACGAUGUCAGGCUCUCCAUCACCACCGAGUUAUAGUACAUCACCGCAUCGAUCAGCACGUGCACGUUCCUAUGCUGGCCUACGUUUAUGUCGUGUAGCUAAAAAUGUAUCUAAAUGUCGGGCAAUUGCAAAUAUUCGAGUAACAGCUGAACCGCCUAAAGCUACGCGUAAUAUUGUUCCAGUUUUACAUUUAGGUGGAGAGGGUAAUGCUCCAAAGACAGAGGCUGAAAAAGAACGAAUUCUAUUAAUCAAUAUUAAAGAGUUAAUUGCUCGUGUUCGACAUAAUCCGAUCGAUCCACAAGAUUUCAUUACUGAAUUUGAGAGUUUUCUUCAAGCUCAACUGGAACAUGAAAGUAUGGCAGCGUAUAUCAGAGAACUUGAUGAACGUAAACGUCAAGGCCUACUACUCGGUUUACGUCCAGAAGAGCUAGAACGUGCUGAAGCUGAAUGGAGUCGAGUAAAACCUGAGCUAGAUGAAUGGAGAUGGCGUUUAGAUAGUGUUCUGCCAGGGGAAUGGCGUCAAGUUGGUCAUUGGUUAUCAAAAUUAGAAAAAUGUCUUAUUAGCGAUGCACUUAUCUCGUCACAACUUGGUCUUGAAUUGGCUCCUGAGGCAAAGAAUUUAACAAUGAAAGAACGUGAAGAACGUCUACAGAAUUGUUUAGAUGAACAUGAGGAAAUCUACAAAAAUAUUGAUGAUCUUGACAACUUGAUCAAUCGAUUAAGCGAAGAAAAUCAAAAAAUACUUUCAAUAGCUGAAAAUGCAUCAGAAGAUGUCCUACAGACGUUGCCUGUUCAUCUACCACAGAAUAUUGUCAAUUCUCUAAGAUCACGUUUUAUUACAGCUUAUUUGGAUGGUCAACUGGCUAGACGACGUUUGGAACGCUUAGCUUUACGUUGGCAUUUAGCCAACAAAGUAGCUAUGAUCCGUGAUCGUGUCUCCGAUUGGCAAACAUUCAAGUGUAAAGAGAAACUUGAGGUGGAUAAAUUCAUUCACGAGAUUCAAGAAUAUAUAACUUCACUGAAUUUACCUGAAGAUAUGAAUACUAGUUUAGAGAAAUUAAAGCAGUUAGCCGGUGAACGUGAUGAUGUAGCGUGUCGAAUAGUUGAACAACGUGAACAAAUGGAGUUGAAAGCAGAUUUAUCCAAUUCCCAGAGUCAACAACAAGCUUCAGUUAGUGCCGGUGGUGGAGCCUUCAUUCUAAUGGAUUAUGCUGAAACGGAACGCAGAGAGGCAAAUUUUUUUCUAUCCUCAUUACAAACACGUUGGAAAGAUACCUGGUCAGAUUUAUUGGAUUUACAAUCACAUUUGGGAGAAUUUUGUAUGAAAUGGGAUCAAUAUGAAACAGAAAAAGUGAAUUUAAGUAAUUGGUUAUGUGAUGUGAAAAAACUACUGGCUGAUGAAACAACCAAUUCUGAAGAACGUGAAAAAUUGUAUACGGAAUUAAAAGAAUGGCGUACACGUGUUUCAGCGUUAAAUGAUCUUGGACAUGAAUUAAUGCAUACAUGUGAUAUGACAGCUAUAUCUACAUUGGAUAGUGAAUUAGAAAAUAUGAAUAAAACAUGGACUGAAGUCACUUCUGAAGUUAUCAAAUUUGUUGAUUUAGAUCAUGCCGAAGAAUUAAGGAAUCGUCAAUCACAAGCAAUGCUUCGAAUGAAUCAAACUAUUCGAGCUGCUGAACGUUUAUUGGUAUCUGAUUUUGUUCUACCUGAGACAACUGAUCUUGAUCAAGCUCAUGCAGCUACAGCUGAAUAUCGUAGACAACUAGAAGAGGCUCGUAAACAGUUGCUAGAAAAAGCUAGAACUGAUUAUUUGGAAGCUUUAAAAGCCGCUGAAGAAUUAAUAGCAGCUGCUAAUGCUGGUCAAGGGGAUAUGGCUCAAGCUGAAGCUGUAAUGGCGGCUGUUCGUGCUACUGGUGAACGUCUAGACAAGUUGGCCAAUGUAGAUGUUCAAGCAAGAUUGGAUGAAGUUGAAGCAGCAACAAAAAAAGCAGUUGAAUUAGCUAUCCAACUGGCACCAAUCAAUGAUUGGUCACAAGAUGUUGAAGUUUCCUCUGAUAUGGCAAAUGAAGGAACACCUGAAACAAAUUUAGAUCUUAGCAAUUUAACUACACAAGAAGCUAUGUCUAAAUUAAAAAGUCAUUUUAUGGCAUUAGAAGAACACGAAAAAUCACUGGUUGAAGCUGAGAAACGUUUGAGUGAUUUGAAAGAGUCCGGUGUAAAACAUGUUGAUAUUAGCCAGUUAGAAUUGGCAACAGCUGAAGCUCGUCGUAAAGUAGAAGCUAUGCGUGCUGUAGCCAAAUGUUUUGAAAGUGAAUUGGAUAAACGCAAAUCAGCUCAAGAGUCAUUUUCAUAUGCUCUGACAAAUCUCUCUGAUUGGCUGAAUGAAGCUGAACGUCUACUGCUAUUGGAUAUUAAUUUAGAAUUAGAGAAAGAAUUAGCCAAUACAGAAAUUAUACAGGAUAAGCUAAGUGAACAUGAAGCUUUCCUGAGUCGAACACAAACAACUGGACAAACAUGUCUCAUUGAAUUGAAUCGAACUUAUGAUAAAAUGGUAGAACUAUUUACAGGUAAUACAGAAGACUUGAUAGAGAACUCAGCGACGUCAACAAUUCAUCCAGAUGAUGUUAGUAUGAAUGUGAUAUUAGAAGCAUCUAAUCAAGUGACUAGAUAUCGAGAUCGAUUCGAUGAACUUAUGUCUAAAGCUACCCGACGUCAGUAUGAACUGAAAUAUGCCUUAUUAGAAGCUCGUUUACGUGAACACUUGGAGAAUACAAGUAGACUAUUGAAUGAUGAAGAAUUACGUAUGUCAUCCGGUGAAAGUUUGGCUAGUAUCUUGGCUGAUCAUGAGUUGGCGUUUAAUAAUUCUCAGUUUAAUACUGUCUGUGAAGAUUUGUUACGUGAAAUGCGUGAAUUGGACGAACAAAUGUCUUAUCUAUUUCAUACGGAUUCAAAUGUCUAUGGUAAACGAACAACACAACUACAGCAAGAGUAUAAUCUGUUGUCUGAACGUGUCGGUAAAAUGGCAAUUAGAUUACGUAAUCUACCUGAACAAUGGGCUGAUUUUGAUGAUAAAUUACAUCAUCUAUUAGAUUGGACAAAUGAAGUUGAAAAAUUGUUCAGCCAUUUACAAAGUGAUCCAUCGGAUAAAAAGAAUUCUGAUGAAAAGACAGCUGUUGAAUUAGCUACACGAUAUCGUGCUAUGCUAUCACGAUUUGAAGAAAUGACUGGUAUGGUUAGUGAACAGAAUGCAUUAGCGGAUAAACUGAAUUUAAUGCUAACUGAAUUAUCCAUGGAUGGAGGUGUUUCGCAUGUAGAGUUGGCAGCGAAACGAGCUGCACUGGCAGCCGCCUUAGGUGCAUUGAGAGAGUUGAGCGGUGAAAUGGAUACCCUACUGGUUCGUGCUCCAUUAAUCGCCGAAACACUGGAAUUCCGGGCUAAUGCAGUUACAGAGCGUAAGAAGGCGAUGGUUGUACGUGAAGCUUUUGAACAAGCUGUACAAGAAGAUGCUGAAAUGCUACCGAAUGAUUUAGACGCAUUGAAACGUCUACUUGCUGAACGUGAAGCAAUGGUCGCCCGAAUAGCUGAAGAAAGAGAUGCUAGCCUGUUGGCAAUGAUUCAACGUGGAAUGAGUGUUAAAACUGGUGAAAUGUUGGAUUGGAUAGAACCAUCACAAACUGAACUGAAAGCUACAUGGGCUGAAGUAGAUAAAGUCGCUGAGACUGGACUGAAAAGUUUACGUCAAACAGCUGAAGCAUUUGAAGCCUUUGAAGAGCAUAAACAACGUUUAACUAACCUGUUGACAGGUACAAAACAUUUGAUUGAUGGACAUGCAAGUGCAGUGACAGCGGCUGCUUUUGCAAUGGCAUUGACAACAAGUAAACAGGAUGGUACUGUCGAUAUUGACAAUGUCGCCAGUACACUGCAUAUUGAUGAUGAAACAAAACAAUGGGCUAAUGAAUCGUUAGCCUGUGGGAUUGCUGGUGUUGUUGCUGCAAGUGUUGAAGAAGCCACUAAAGCUGGCCAGGAAGCUGUCCGUGUUCAAGCUGAUGCCGUCGCAGCUCAAUUAGACGCGUUGAAUAAAGCUGAGGUAGACUUGAAAGCGUUAAAAGCUGCAGCUGAAACUAUGAAAAUGCGAUCAACGCCCGAAAGAGCUUCAGAACUUGAUAUAACCAUUGAACGUCUUGAAGCUCAACUGUCCACAGCGAAACAAGAGCUGAGCACAAAAUUAGCUAGUCUACGUGCUGCCAAUGCUAGAUGGGAAGUAUUCUAUACAAGUACACGUGAAGUUGACAAACUCCUUGAUAAUGCGGAAUUAAAUUUAUCUAAUGUCACGAGUGUACAACCAUUGGCUAAAGGGAAUCUUCAGGCGAAUGAAUUAGGCUCAGCAGAAUCAGCAGCUAAAGCUGCUGCCGCUGAAUUAUCCUUAUGGCAAGCAACUGUAAAUAAUCAUUUAACAGAAUUACAAACAUCUGCUCAACGAUUAACCAGUAUUAAUUCAAUAUUCCAGGAACUUACUCACUUUUCACCAUUACAAUCAUCAACAACAUCAAAUGAACAGGGGAAUUUAAUCCCUUCUGGUGAAGCCGCUUCUGAUGCAUCAAUUAGUCCAGAAAUAUUUAAAGCUCAAAAUAAAAUAAUUAGUUUAUGUAGACGACAAAAAGCCUUACAAACAGCUUUUAAUACACAUUCUGAAUCAUUGACAACACUGAAAGACUAUUUAGCUCAAUAUUUAAAUCUUGUCCCCGGAAUUGAUGAACAUAUCACAGAGAUUGAAAGUAUUGCUGAAUCAAUGUCACGUGCACCACCGAUUGAAUCAAUCACUGAUUUACAAGCAAUUCGUGAUGCACAUAUUGCACGUCGAACUGCGCAUAACUCGAAGUUUACUGAAGAUCGGAAUCAACUGCUUUGGUUGGCAGCUAGUCUAACCGGUUGGACACACUUAAAGGAGGCGAAUGAAGCCUUACAAACACGUUGGGAAAGUGUUAAUUAUUGGUUAAUUGAAGAAUCUCAAUAUCUUGAAGAUUUAUACAAUUUAUGGACAACAUGGAAUAAAGAAUCAGAACAAUUCACUAAUCAAUUAACUGGGAUAGAAAAAGAAAUCGAUCAAGAGUUGAUUAAUAUUCUCAAUGAAAAAGUUAGUCAAAAAGUUAAAGAGCCAUUUGUAUCCACAACAGAUCCAACAGCCAUAGCAACAUCAGCACCAGCAGCAGUCCACCACCACCAACAACUCAAUCAACUACUAAUUUAG